AUGGCGUCGAAAUUCAACAAAAAUUGUAUAUUUACUGGAGUUGCCGAUUCGUUUUGCUUAUCGUGUCAAGUAUAUCUGAAAGUUAAAGAUUUAAAUAAUCACAUUGAAUCAUCAAAACAUAAAGAUACCUUGAAAUCCGUGGGAUAUGCAGAAAUAUACAAGGAUAAUUUGAUUUGGAAGGUAACGCAGGGCUAUUACUGUGAAUUAUGCAAUGUGGUGAUCCAGACAACAGUCAAAGUCCGCAUUCAUGUUAGUGACCAGACUCAUAUAAAUAACAAAACACAAUGCCAUAUAAAAGGACAUGAAGAAGGAGUCAUUGUUUUUAAUGAGAUUUUCAUUGAAAUGAAAGCAUGGAAUGGUUUGAGCAAUGAAUCUUGUUUCAUUUGUAAUAUUGACUUUGACAAUGAUGAAAGUCAUAAAAAUGAUACUAAACACAUUAUAAAUCUUAUCCAGAGUAAGUUGGAGCUGAAAGAAUAUAAAACAGUUUAUCGAAAGAUUGAUGGCAAUCUAGUGAAUUGCUUGAUUUGCAAUAUAAUUGUAGAUUUGGAAUCUAAGGAGGCCCACAUUAAAACUUCAGAGCACCUAAAGGAGUAUUCAAAGUGCAAGGAAAAUAUAAAAAAAAUAAACUUUUAUGAACAUGCCUUUAUUACCCCAAGUGAUACUAAAGAUAAAAAUUCCAAAAAUAGUGUCGAAGAGACCAACGGAGAAUCAGUGGUAGUGCAAAAUGAAAACAGUACAAAUAAAACUGAAUUAAAAAUGGCUGAUUCCAAUAAUAUAAAAGAAAAGCCAGAGACUUGCAUAGCAAAGGUCCAAAAUGCAACAGAUGCAAUAGACAAUGAAAAUGUACUGCGGCCCAUUGAAGCUCUGAAACUAGCCAUGGAUUUUGCUAAGCAAAACAAUUUAAAAUAUAAGAGAAACAGUACAUAUUGUCAAGUGUGUAAUGUUAGAAUUUCUUCUACCCUUAAAAUGAUGAAGGAACAUGUAUCAGGAAAUGAUCAUAAAAAGAAUGUUGAAAAAAUGGAAAUUUCAAAACAGAAAAAAUCUAUGAAACCGAUGAUAGAUUUCAUAAACAGUCAAACAGAUAUUCAAAAUAUAUUUCAUCAGGAUGUUGUUAUAAAUGAUGAAAUUUGUAUAACUAAUCUGAGCUUUAACAUGAUAGGUGAAUCUGGUAGAGGAUUGAGAUGUCAUGUUUGUGAAGUAUCCAUCUUACCGCCACACGUUGAAGCACACAAACGAACAUACAAACAUAAUGAUGCUAUGCAAGUGACACCUGUUCUAAUAGAAUUUAGAAAUGAAUUCAUAAGAGAGGUUAGAUCUGGAAUUUUUCACUGUGGAUAUUGCAAUUUUAUUGAAGCCACUUUGGAUGGAAUGCAAAACCAUUUGAAGUCUAUUAACCAUUCUGAAAAGAAAUCGUAUUGCCGAGGACGUCUAAACAGAUAUUUGCCAGAAAUUAUGGAAGAACGUGAAAAAGAAAAAUUUGUGGCUUUUAUGAGAAUGAUGCUUCACAGAGGUUGC